AUGCCACCAAAGAAGAAACCUAAAACCAAAGAAGAAAUAAAAGAGCAGAAACGAAUUGCAGAAAGAUUAAGAUAUCAACGGCUAAAGAAUGACCCUGUAAAAAGAGAGCAAUUGAAGGAAAAAGAACGACGAAACUACCAAAGAAAGAAGGAAAAAGGCAUAAGAAAGUCAGUUAAAUAUAUAAGUCGACGUGAACAAAAAGCUGUGACUAAAGAAUGGAGAAAGCACUGUGCUACAUAUCGCGCAAAAAAAAAAGCUUUAAAAGAAAUUACAAACAAUUUUGUACGACAUAAUACGCCUGAAUCCGAUGGUUCACCUUCUCCUCAAAGUUCUGUCGCUCCAUCAAUACUACCUAUGACCACUCCACGAAGUGAUGCAAGUAAUGCGAGAAAGCGUAAUGCUAGAAAGAAACGUGACAAAAUUAUAAAGGAUAAAGACAAAAAGAUCGAGUAUUACAGAAAAAAAUCCGAGAAGUAUAGGAAGAGAUUAGAACGUUUGGAAAAAGCUAAGACAAAGAAAAAUGUAGACACACCUAACACUAAACUGACCGAAAUGUGUGAUUCGCCAGGAGCUCGCAGAGAAGUAGUCAAAAAAGGCGCUAUUCGGUGA